AUGGCGUCCGAGCGGGCCACGGUCCCCUCGGAUGUCAUCGUCAGCGAUCUUUACAAGCCCUCCAUCGACUACAAAGACGAUGGGGGCUCGGAUCAACCCCCAGGCAACUUAGGCCCCGACCCCGAGGUCUCCGCCGCUCAGGAGCAGGAGGCCAUGGACAUCGAGCCCGAGCCCCCUGCGCCUGACGAUUCGCCGGACUGGCGCUACCCCUUGCUGCAACGCCUCGUCGAUGGCACUUUGCCCUCAGACCAGGCUGAGGCAAGGCGUGUGGCUCGUCGCGCCAAUACUUUCGUCCUUCUCGACGGAGAAAUAUACAAGCGUAGCCCCUUGGGCAUCCUUAUGCGCUGCAUCUCAUGUCAGGAGGGAAUCAAGCUCCUGGAGGACAUACACUCGGGGGCUUGCGGUCACCACGCCGCGCCUCGAACGCUAGUAGGAAAUGCCUUCCGACAAGGCUUCUACUGGCCCACCGCCGUGGUUGACGCCACGGAGAUCGUGUGGACCUGUGAGGGAUGCUAG